CGAUGCGGUCCGUUUCUGCUCUUCUCCAGAUCACACCUGACUUGUCAUUCAAACCCUGUAAAGGGGACAAUAACAGGCACGCAAAACAAAGAUACAGACCUUAGAACAAGCUCACCCCAAUAACAGAGGAAUUGAAACAGACGUGUUUAAAAGAACGAAACAAAUGAAAACACAAGAAGAAAAACACUUCCUGACAUAAACCUCACAGUGCCGUGUUUGUGUUCAGUGGGAGAAGCGAGAGAAUUUCACCAGAUACCGACCCCUGGACAAAAACCUUCCGAAUUUCAUCUUGUCGGUGACAAAAAAAUAAAAUAAAAUUGGGGACGACUUUGAACCAAGUUUCUACAGCAGCGCAACAAAACAAAACUCAGCCAAAAGAAAACAGCUUAAGAAACAUGCGUGUGAAAUAAAGUGUGUCAGAAUAUUACUACACAAUAAUGUUGUGGUUGACCUGUUACUCGUGGCUGCCUGACUCAAAACCAUCGAGACAUAAUUGUGUGGUAAUAUAUUCUGACCCUGUGCAUCCUGUAGCUGAAGUGAAACUGCAAGAGAGGCUCAUGAGAAGUGUAGUUUUUUCUGGUUGUGAAUCUGUAGGCGUUCACAAUGGCCCUUUCCUUGUGGGUUUAAUUUCAUGAAACUUUCCUGGAGUAUAUAGUCUAUAACUAAGAGCGCUGUGAUGUGUAAUAAUAAUGAUAAACAGACAGACGAGUCUUUGAAUAUUUAGUGACUCCAGUGUGUAACGUGGUAUGAAUUUAAGAUUUCUCUUGUGUGUCGGUACAGAGAUGCAGACAGAGCGUGCAAAGAGGAUGGACUCUGCAGGAGAAGAAGCGUCCCUGAAUUCACCUGAGCUGCCCUGGAACCAGCUCUAUUUGAAGAGAAGGACCGAGUCCAGGAUCCAGUUAAGGAGGAGAGUGUGCUUCACUGGCCCUGCUGCUGCUGCUGUUACCGGGGUAUUGGCAAUCCUCAUACUGGCUGCUGGCAGCGUGAGCAGCGACAGUGAGUUUGUGACAGUCCCGAGCUCAGUGAACUGUACUGAGGGGCAGGACUGUAUCCUGAGCUGCACCUUCAACUACACAGCCUGGGAUGAGAAGUCAGGUGUGAUCUGGAGAAAAGCAGAAACGCACGACAUUGUUCACAGUAGUAACACGGACCGGCUUGAUGAUCAGCUCCCUCAGUAUGUGAGCAGGACCAGCCUGUUUGAUUCUGAGCUGCAGCGCGGGAACGCUUCACUGCUGCUGAGGAGAGUCAGGGAGGGAGAUGCUGGAGAAUACGAGUGCUCUGUUUCCACUCCCAGACUGUCCAGGUCGGGCCUGACUGAGGUAGUCGUGGUUCCGGCUCCACCCACAACAGCACCAGAUCAUGUGACAGUCCCGAGCUCUGACCGACACGCCUGGUGGGUUUCAGGAGCAGUUCUUCUUUGUGUGAUUGCAGGGCUCUGUGUCGGUCUGUGGCUCUAUAAAAUACGCGCGGGUCACAGGUGGAAGUCCAGCAAGGCUUCUAGUCCAGCACAGGCAGUGUCGUUAUCAGAUGUGAUCGUGAAGCCCAGUGAAGCCAGACCGCUCCCCUGCACUGCUCAAUAUAUCCAGUUUAAUACAAGCUCCCAAAACUAAAUAGUCACUUUGAAUUAGGAAACGUGAUCAGUGUUGAAGAGAAGUUUUUUAAAUCACAUUGUUUCCUACACAAUUGAACUAUAAUCUGUACUCUCGUUGUCUUUGCACGAUAUCAGAACAAUCCAGCAAAGAGAUACAGUAGUUUAUUCAACAUGACAUUAACCUCUUCAGCUCCAGGAUGCACAUCAAAGGAAAGAGCACUUGCAUUACCAUGCUUUUAAAAUUAACUAUAAAAGCAAUAAGUAUUAGCUUUAUCAAAACAUAUUUUAUUUAUU